AAAUUUGGAUUUCCUAAUCUAUAUUUUUUCGUGAAUGAUCUUUUUUUAAAAGUAAUACCAAAAAAACAAAAAACACCCACAAUUAUUUUCAUGAAUCCUUAUAUUAAAUUUGUUAACUACCCGAAAGAUUAUAAUUGGUUUUUAGAGUUAAUUUGGCCUCAACCUAGUCCAUUUGCUGAAACAAUAAAUAGAGAUAUUUAUAGAACUUGGAAUGGAGAAGUGUUAAUUAAUUUUAAAUGGAAUAAUUAUGGAAAAUAUUAUUAUGCAAUCAUUUUAAUUGUAUUUUUAGCUUUACUUGGAUGCUUUAACGUUGCAGCAACAAUAGCUGAUAUGGAUGAAAAUAUUCGAAAUCAACUUUUAAAUGCUACAAUUAUACUUGGAUUUAUUCAUUUGAGUUUUGAAGUUCGUCAGAUUAUUUAUAAUCCUAUUAAAUGGAUCCGUGAUUUUUGGAACAUAUUUGGUAAAUAUAAUAAUUAA